AGAGGUUCAGAAGCAGAAACCCACAGACAGACUAACGGACACGGACUCUCAAACGGAGCGGACUCAGAACCGGGCCAGACUCACAGACGGUGCCGGGACCCAGAACCGGACCAGACUCACAGACAGAGAAGAGACACGCAGACAGACUCACAGACGGUGCCCGGACCCAGAACCGGACGAGACUCACCGAGCAGAGACUCACAGACAGACUAACGGACACGGAAUCUCAAACGGAGCGGACGCAGAACCGGGCCAGACUCACAGACGGUGCCGGGACCCAGAACCGAACAAGACUCACAGACAGAGCAGAGACUCACAGACAGACUAACGGACACAGAUUUUCAAACGGAGUGGACCCAGAGCCAGACAAUCUUCACAGACAGACUUACAGACGGAGCAGACUGAAAGCUAGACAGAGGCAACCAGGGCCCCAAAUACCCCUUUUUUCCCCUGACUCUGUCCUCUCCCCACGGACUGCGCACCCCAUCACACUGAUUGAUGGCCCCAAACGAUGCUGCCUACAACUCCACAGCUCGUCCCGUCCCCCUCUCCACACUCGCCUCUAACCCCCUGAUUCGGGCCUUCACCAAUUCCACCCCCACGGUGGAGCCCGAGGACCCCAGCACGGUGAGCAACGACACGUCCACGGCCGUGGGGGCCUUCAUCCUCAGCCUGGUCUUCCUCCUGGGCGUGCCGGGCAACCUCUUCAUCAUCUGGAGCAUCCUGGCGCGCGCGCGCAAAAAACGCUCCGUCACCACCCUCCUCAUCCUCAACCUGGCCUGCGCGGACGGCUGCCUGAUGGCGCUCACCAUCUUCUUCGUGGUCUACCUGGUCAAGCAGACCUGGGUGUUCGGCAACGGCAUGUGCAAGGCGCUCUUCUACCUGUGCAACGCCAACAUGUACGCCUCCAUCAUGCUGAUAACGCUGAUGAGCGUGCAGAGGCUGGUGGCGGUGGUGUGGCCGCGGCGCAUGAGCGCCCUCUCUGGCCGGAGGACCAUACUGCGCCUGCUGGCGGCCCUGUGGCUGCUGGUGCUGCUCAUUUCGGUGCCGGCGGUGGUGUUCCGGGAGGAGAGGGAGGACACCGGCGAGAACGGGAGGCACCGCCUGGUGUGCGCGGCCAAUCACACGCAUACCAAAGAACUGAUCUUCCAGUACACGUUCGAGACGGUGAUCGGCUUCGUGCUGCCGUACGGCGUGAUCGUGUUCAGCUACGUGCGCAUCCUGCACCGCCUCCGCCAGACCCGCUUCCGCCGCCGGAUCCGCAGCGAGAAGCUCAUCCUCGCCAUCGUCACCAUCUUCGGCCUGUUCUGGCUGCCGUACCACGUCAACAACAUGGUGCAGGUGGUUGCUGAACUUCUCCCACGCAAUUCACCUACGAGAGAAAGGCUGAAAAUUGUCUGCCAGUCCAGUCGGGCGGUGACGUCAUCGCUGGCGUUCAUGAGCAGCUGCGCGAACCCGGUGCUCUACACCUUCGCGGGGAAGGCCUACAUCCGGCGGGAGGGCCUGGGCUUCAUGGCGCGCCUGUUCGAGGCCACGGCGCUCACCUCCGCCACCAGGAGGACGGCCCACGCCAGCCGGGACAAGGAGGCGCUGGGCCUGCAGAGCCAGGACAAGGACAAGGAGUCCACCUCCCGCACCAGCACCCCGCCCGUCACCAGAGAGACCGCAGCUUUCGGCACUGAAUCCAAGUAGACCCGGCUCGUGACCGUAUGCCCGCCCUGUCCAAUCUAAGAAGUUCGGGGAUCGGGGAUUGGGGUACGCACGUGGUGGAAUGUUCCAGACUGCACUUUCGUCGUCAGGAUGUUUGAAUAGCAUUACCCACACACAGAACUCAGAUCUUAUUUCAAUAUUGCGGGGGGGGGACACUAACCACAAAAUACAAUUAGACACUAUCGGGGGGUGGGUAUUCAAUGUUUUCCCGAAGUUUGUGGGUUGGGCGUGUCUCUCCUGUACCCCCCCCCCCCCCUCAAAACACUUUCACAGAAAAGCACUUACUCUUAUGGGCCGUUGUGUGAUCAGUCUCAGUUCUGCAGCAUUAAGAGGUAGUACAAAUGCACUGUACAGUAUAUAUAGUACUUUAAAAGACAAAUUCUAAAGUAAUUUUCUACUGUUAAUUUUUUAAGUCAGAUUAAGUGAUAUAACUGUUUAUGUUUUCUUUUGGGAACAAUGUACAGACCUGUUUUAAUAUUUUUUUUAAUUGCAACAUUGUAUAAAACCGAUCAAUAAAACAGUUAUCGAACACUGAGCUAUUUCCUU